AACGAGUCAUAUCGGCAAGGAUACUCAAGUUGAAGGAUGGUAAAGGAAGCAACAAGGCCCAAACAAAAAAAACAACAAAUAAGUCCAAAAACAUAACAAGUUUACAAAUUACAACCCCUUAAACUCUCAAAUCUUCUAAAGGAGUAUUAUUGUGGUGUAGGAGCUUUCCAUGUAACCAACCCAAUCAAAUCCCAACUUUUCUUUCCAAACCAUUCCUUAUAUACUUUGUAUAACGUGUUCUUCUUUCUUACCACAUUCAAUCUUCCAUAACAUUUCACCUCUAAAAUCAAACCCAUAACCCAAAUUUAAUCUUCCAUUGAUUUUAUUCUCUCUCUCCUAAAACUUAGCCAAAAUGGGUCCCUUGGUUCUGACCCAAUUAGCCUCCGGUCUUAGCGUGUUAGCCGGUGCGGCUCUAGUGAAGUCAGUCUUGGACCAGAAUAACACCAUGGCUGGUCCAUUUCCAAGGUGCCCAUCUUGUAACGGGUCGGGUCGGGUUGCCUGUUUCUGCUCGAGAUGGUCAGAUGGUGAUGUGGGUUGCCGCUCUUGUUCGGGUUCGGGUCGGGCUGCUUGCACCAAAUGUGGUGGUUCAGGUACCGGUCGACCCCUUCCGGUUCGGCUUAUUGCUCGAACUCCUACUAAUAAUAGUAAUGGCCGCCCUUAUUAAUGGAGUAAUUAAUUAUUUAAUCUUCUUUGUUGCUAGAAAUUUGGAAAAAGAAAAAAAAAAAAAAAUCAAAAUGUUAUAACUUUGUAAUUUAAUAUGAGUACAUAUUUAGUCUCAUUAUAUUAUAUACUUUUGUUUCUUGAAUUUGUAAUAUAUGUUGGUCAUCAUACUCGGAGAUUAUAAAUGAGAUUUCUAUAGAUUUGUGAGAUUGUGAUUAAGUAUUUCUAUUCUA